AAGCCGUGGCAUUUUCGAGGCCCCGAAAAAACAAAAGAAAUUCCCGAAUAAAGAAAUAAGCAAAAUUUCCCCAUCUCCUCGUCGUCUCCUCCUCCGCCUCCAAAGCCCAAACCCUAGCUGCCGCCCCCCACAGCGCGCCUCCCUCCCCCCUCGCCGUCGCCGUCCCAUGGCGAAGUCGCGGCCGCCCAAGCGGAUCCUCGAGUCCUACACCAUCAAGGGCUCCGACAAAGUCAUCAAGCCUGGGGACUGUGUGCUAAUGAGAGCAUCUGAUGCAUCAAAGCCACCCUAUGUGGCAAGAGUUGAGGCAAUCGAGGCUGCAGGGUCACGGGGUACAAAUGUGAGAGUACGGGUCCGGUGGUACUAUCGGCCAGAGGAGUCCAUUGGCGGAAGGCGACCAUUUCAUGGUACCAAAGAGGUGUUCCUCUCGGACCAUUAUGAUGUACAAAGUGCUGACACUAUAGAGGGGAAGUGCAAUGUUCACAGCUUCCGUAGCUACACAAAGCUUGAUUCUGUCAAUGCUGAGGACUUCUUCUGUCGCUUUGAGUACAAAUCAGCCACAGGAAGCUUCGUGCCUGACCGCAUUGCUGUGUUCUGCAAGUGUGAGAUGCCAUACAAUCCUGAUGACCUUAUGAUCCAAUGUGAGGAAUGCUCUGACUGGUUUCACCCUUCUUGCAUUGGAAUGACUAUUAAAGAUGCAAAAAAACUUGAGCACUUUUUCUGCCAGAGCUGUACUGCAGAAAAUGGAAAGAUGGCUGAGAAUUCUCAUGAAGCUACAGCACAAUCCGAAGAAAAGCAGGUGGAGUCAAAAAGACGGAGAAGGUGACUGCCCAUAUUUAUUUACGAGAUUACACGUGGAUGUACAAAGCCUUCUCCAGUUUGAGGCCUGUAAUGUUAUUUAUUGUCAUGGCAAGUGUGUGACCCCUCUGUAAUGUCAGUCGCAUGGUGUACAUAACUUUUCAACCUGAGACUGUUAUAUUAGGAGAUGACAUGAUUUGUUGCAUCAUGAUGUAGUGUCAGAGCAUUAGCAUGGUUAGAGUCGGGGUGAUAAGCUCCUCGUGAGCAUUAUAACUCCCGUAUGAAUGUGAUGGAACAUUAAUACUUUGGAUGCAGCUGCGUCUGGCCAGUAUCUUUCUUUGUUCUUAGAGAAUUCUUGUACCAUUAUGUGAA